AUGAGCCUGGAGGCGUGUGUAGUUUGCGUAGACAGCAGUGCGUUCGCCCGCGAUGCUGAUCUGCAUCCAACGCGCCUGGCGGCACAGCUUGAUGCAACAAGUCUCCUGGCGAACGCAAAGCUAAAUGCGCACCGAGAGAAUGCCGUUGGCAUUGUGACAAUGGGAGGCGACGGAGCGAGAGUGUCAGUGUCACCUACCUCGGAGUUUGGGCGGAUUCAUUCAGCAUUCCACGAUAUCUCCGCCAAAGGAGAUGCCGAUUUCAUUAGGGGGAUUCUCGUUGCGCAGCUCGCUCUAAAGCGUCGCAUGAACAAAACUCAAAGACAGCGGAUCUUGCUGUUUGUCGGCAGCCCUGUGAUGGCAAGCGAGAAACAGCUUGUUCAGGUGGGGAGGCAGCUGAAAAAGAAUAACAUUGCGCUUGAUAUUGUUUGUCUGGCGAACGUCGAAGAAAAUCGUGCCAAACUAAUGGCCAUGCAUGCGGCCGUCAACAGCAACGACACCAGUCGCUUCGUAGAGUACCCGGCGGGCAGCACAAACCUGCUGAGUGAUGUCAUAGUGUCGGCCAUGUUGCUGCACGAUCCAGAGGCCGCUGUGGCCUCUGAGGGCACUGCAGACGCUGCAGCGACAGCAGCAGCAGUAAACGAAUUCGGCGUUGAUCCGAAUGUCGAUCCCGACCUCUACAUGGUCCUCCGCAUGUCCCUUGAGGAGGCGCGACAGCAACAAGCGCAGCAGCAGCAGCAGCAACAGGACUCGGCGGUAGCCGCAGCAGCCACUGGGCAAAGUGCAGCUGCAGGGGCAACAGAGCUGCCGCCCGGAACAGCGCAGAUCGAAGGCCUAGAGGACAUGGACGAGGAGCUACGCCAGGCCGUUUUGCUUUCGUUACAGGACUACUGUGGAGAGCCUCCCGCCUCUGGCAGCAGCGGAGGUGCUGCAAAUCAGCAGGCAGAGGCAGUCCAGGGAGGUGGCACCGGCAACGACAGCGCAGAGCUACCGGGUGAGGGGGCUCAGCAGGAGGGCGGCGCGCCCUCGGUACAGCCUGAACGGCGUGAAGGGGACUCUGCAGAGGGCGGAGACGAAACCAAGAGUUAG